GCUGCUUAUGUCGCUCGAAGUGAAUUCCAAACACUUUGAAUCCUCGCCAAUGAUCAACAUAUAUAUGAAUUGGGCCUCUGAGUCUGACGGUCUCUGACCCCAAGGUGUCUGGCUUUCUGCUGUUCUGCUGGGUCACGUGCACUUCGAGUCCUUGCCACGGCCACUGCAAUGACUGCAUGUCCCAGCACCCAGAUCUCAGACCAGAAUCAGCGAUGCCAGAAAACCAAUGCAACGUUGACGGUCCUUUGACCUUUACUUAUAAAGAGGUCGACGGAAUCAGCGUCCUGCUCGACGUCUAUCUUCCACCAGACGACGUCGACCAACAGUUCACCGGACAGGCGAUUCAGUAUCACCCAGCAGUCGUCUACUUCCACGGAGGGGGGCUCACUGUAGGGAAUAGACGAAGCUGGUUCCCUACUUGGCUGAAAAGCCGGUUGUCUGCACGCGGUAUCAUAUUCAUCAGUGCAGAUUAUCGUCUUAUUCCUCCAGGGACUGGAUAUGAUGUGCUUGCCGAUGUGAAGGACGCCAUCGCCUUUGUCGCGGGAGAUUUGAAUGUUCAGCUUGAUCAGGAGCUGGCUCAUCUUGGCUCUGAUUCACGUUUCCGCAUCGAUCCCACGUCGAUCGGUGUAGCUGGAACUAGCUCGGGCGGGUUCUGUGCGUAUCUAUGUGCUAUUUAUGCAGUCCCGAAACCGAAAGUAGUUCUCAGCUUAUAUGGUAUGGGGGGCGAUUUACUGACAGACCAAUAUCUCGCUCCCAAGGCACAGUCUUUCCUCCGGGGGAGAGAAAUGCUAGAUCCCGCACAGUUUUCUGAAUAUAUACAUCCCACUUCAGGCUCACCACUCGCAUACCAUCCACAGUCAUAUCACAUCCCAGGAUACCCUGCAAACCCACGAAUGCUAAUAUCACGUUUAUACCUGCAACUCGGGGUCGCCUUGGACUAUAUUACAGGCCAGCAUGAACCAAGUCUUAGUGUUACGUUACGCAAGGCCAUCCAUACCGAGGAUCCCUUCGACGAGGCACUCAUUUCUGAUCACAAGAUUAUUUUUCCUCAGUUCAACGUUACGUCGGAUUGGCCGGCAACAUACCUCGUCCAUGGAACUAGUGACACGGCUGUCCUCCUGCGAGAGUCUCGUAAUCUGCAUUCCCUGCUCUUGAAGGCUGGCGUAGAAGUCGUAUUGGAAGAACUACCAGGUCGAGAGCAUUCGUUCGAUUAUCAACCAGGCGCAGAGCUGGAACACAAAGGAUCAUUUGAUGACAUGGUUCAAUUUCUUUAUCGCCACCUAACUUAGAAACAGUACCUAAUUUGAUGGAUGACUUGGAUUGACUAGUGCUGACUCUUAGUCUUGGCGGCUAGAUAGAUAACACAGCAUUGAGUACAGUAUUUAAUAGGCUUCCUUAGACGUGCUCGUCAUCAUCACAUACGUAUUGGUGGUUGAGACGUUUCACCAACGUUUCACAGUUAUGGUUUAUAAACUUUUCCCUAUCACCGAACCGGACGUGGAGAAAUACAAAGCACUCCGCUUGACCUCCCUCAAAAUCGAUCCUGCCUCAUUCAGCUCCACAUACGAACGCGAGAUUGCGUUCACGCCUGAAAUCUGGGCACA